GACGCGGAGGCCUUCGGGGGGCCGACCAACCAGACGGCCGAUGAUGUCAUCGGAGGAGGAGACCGACUGUUUCGCCCUCUACGGAGCAACGACGGACAGCAAGCAACAGCAACUCCUGAAGAAGCAGAAGCGCACCAGACAGCGCGUGGACGCCGGCGAGCCGCGCAACAGCUACUCGAGCAUCCCGAACUUCAGCUCCCGGCCAUCGUUCCUCGGCGGCGGGCUCUACGGGGCGAUCUUUAGCAGCAACGGGCCGCAGCAGCUGCAGCAACAGGGGGCCGCGGCCGGCACGCAGGCCGGUCACCUGGCGCCGGCGGGAACUGGCCCGGCGGGCCCUCCGGGCGCGACCCAGCACCCGCCCGGCCACGCGGCGGCCUUCGGCUUCUUCGGCGCGCCGGGCUUCGGCCCCGCCAAGAUGCUCAACGAGCUCCUCGGCCGCCAGGUCAAGCAGGCCACCGACGCCGGCGGAUCGCCGCCGGAGGCCAGUCACGGGAUGACGGCCGCGGGCAUGGACCCCGCGACCGCCAACCUGCAGUCCGGCGCCGUCGUCAACUGCGACGACCCGGCCACCGCCGCCGAGCUGACCCAGCACAUGCUCCGGGACAUCCUCCAGGGCCGCAAGCUGACCGCCCUCUCCGUGCAGGAGCAGCCCAACAACAACAACAGCAUCCACAGCAACAACAACAACAACACCACCGUGGACCUGCUCAAGAGCCAGCAGCACCAGCAGCCCAGUCCGCAGCAGCAGGAUCAGCAGCAACAGGCGCAACACCCGCAGUCGAACGGUGAGAGUGCGCGCGCGGUCAGUGGGACGACGGUGCAGAGUGGAGGGGAGGAGAGUGUCGACGGGAACCUGGGGGGUCAGGGCGGUCCGGGCGGCGAGGCCGUGAUGCCGGCUGACGCGGAGGACAGUGCGGAGGACGCGGCCUCGGCGGCCCGCGCCAUGGAGGAGGCCUUCGCCGAGGCGGGCAUGGAGCCGGGGGCCAACCUGGACGGCUCGGACUGCGAGCAGAGCCUGCCUCCGAGUCCGGCCGCCCGCCCGGGUUCCGGCUCCGUCUCCGUCAAGGAGGAGCUCCAGGAGCCGGGGCUCGCGGUCAAGCGCAGUCCCAGCCACUCGCCCUGCCCCAUCCUGCCCAAGACCGAGAUCGGCUCGCCGACGACCGAGAUCAAGCGCGCCCGGGUUGAGAACAUCGUCAACACGAUGCGCAGCAGCCCGGCCCUCCAGCCGGUCACCGUCAACGGCUGCAAGAAGCGCAAGCUCUACCACCCCCAGCAGCAGACGGUCCACCACGUGCUGCAGCACGGCGUCAACGACGUCGGCAUGGACGACGAGGAGGACCUCGAGGAGGAGGAGGAUCCCGCGGCCAUCCGGCAGAAGCGCGUGGAGAAGGACAACCUGAAGAGCCAGCUGAGGUCGCUGCACGAACAGCUGGCGGCGAUGCAGCAGAAGUACGCCGAGCUCUCGAGCAGGAUGGACACGGAGGCCGGCGAGAGCGCGGAGGCGCCGGUCAGCCCGCCGGCCCACCAACCCCAGCCACCCCCCAGGCCCCCCAGGCCCCAUCCACCCAGCUACAACGGGAUCGCCCCCCUUCCGCCCGACCAUCCGCACGCGGCCGCGGCGGCCAUGUACCACAUGGGCCACAAGCUCUAUCUGGAGCAGCAGCACGCGGCUCUCGAGCGCAUGAAGCAGCACCAAGAGGCGGCCGCGAGGCACCAGCAGCAGCAGCAGCAACAGCAGCAACAGCAACAACAGCAGCAGCAGCAGCAACAGCAGCAGCCGCCGCCGCCGCCGCCACCACCGCAGCAGCAGCACCAACCCCCGCAACAUCAGCACCAACCCCAGCUGCACCGGCAGAACUCGCCACAGCCACCGAGCCAGAGCCAGCAGCAGAGCCAGGCCGGCACCGGACCUCCGACCCCGCAGACCCCCCAAAUGCAGCCGAGCGGCACUCCGCUCCAGCACAAGGACUUCCAGGAGAGGGUUAACGUGUUCCGGGCGGGCGCCAGCAGCACCGCGGCCGUGACCGCCCACAUCACGGGGGCUGAUCUCGAGGGCCUCGCGGACGUCCUCAAGGCCGAGAUCAUUUCCUCCCUGACCAGUCUGAUCGACAGCAUAAUGAGCAAAUUCCAGCAGAGGAGGUUCCUCGGUAAGCAGAGCGAGGCCGCGCAGGCCGCCGCCGAGCAGCUGAACAAGGAACUGCUCCUGGCCAGCCAGAUCCUGGACAGCAAGUCCCCGAGGACGAAAGUGGUCGACCGGGGAGCCUCGCAGCCGCCGGGGGGCCCAAACGGGUCAAGGGGGCCCCUCAACGGUGGGCCCCCGCCUCCGCAGCCUACGGGCUUUCCUCCCAUGGGGCCCAUGGGCCCCCACGGGCCGCAUUCUGGACCCACGGAAAAUAACCUCAACCAGAUGAACCAACUGCCGCCUCACGCUAGGCCCAGCGUCGGCAUGUUUCAGACCCCCAAGCCACCCACGAUAUACGCCAUGGCCUCCAUGCAGGCCCAAGGCCAGCAGCAGCAACAACAGCAGCAGCAGAGGGAGCUCCAGCAACGGGAGCACCAGCAGCGCGACCAGUACUGCGGACUCAGACCCGACGACCGGGAGAACAGGGACUCGGAACAGAACGAGGCCCUCUCUCUCGUCAUGACUCCCAGGAAGAAGAGGCACAAGGAUGACGAUCCUUGCUUCCAGGUGACGGACACCAGGAUCACCCCCAGGACCGUCUCCAGGAUCCUGGCCCAGGAGGGCAGCGGGUCCCAGGGUGGUAACGACAGCCCGCCACCGCCACCUCCACCCAGACCAUACCACGCACCACCCCCGAUGCUGCCGGUCUCCCUGCCGACCAGCGUGGCGAUACCCAACCCCAGCCUCCACGAGAGCCAGGUCUUCUCGCCCUACUCGCCCUUCUUCAACCCUCACGCCGGACACCCUGGCCAGGUCCCACCUCCCGGGCCUCACCACCUCCCGGCCAGCCCGCCCGGGGGCAGCGUCGAGCUGAGGGACUCACCCCCACUGCCACAUCCACCCUCCAUGCUGCACCCUGCGCUCCUGGCCGCGGCUCAGCACGGCAGCCCCGACUACGGCCACCUCAGGAUGGACAGCAACGACCGCAACAGCGAGUGCAACUCCGCCGACAUCACCUACGACGGGAUCCAGCCUACAUCGUCGACGCUGACGCCGAUGCAUCUGCGGAAGGCGAAGCUGAUGUUCUUCUGGGUGCGGUACCCGUCUUCGGCGAUCCUCAAGGUCUACUUCCCGGACAUUAAGUUCAACAAGAACAACACCGCCCAGCUGGUCAAGUGGUUCUCCAAUUUCCGGGAGUUCUACUACAUCCAGAUGGAGAAGUACGCCAGGCAGGCCGUCUCGGAAGGCGUCAAGAACCCUGAGGACCUCCGGGUCGGCGACGACUCCGAGAUCUACCGCGUACUCAACCUUCAUUACAACCGUAACAACCACCUUGAGGUAUGGAGUCCCCAGGUACCGGGCAACUUCAGGUACGUGGUGGAGCAGACGCUGAAGGAGUUCUUCAAGGCGAUCCAGGGAGGCAAGGACUCGGAGCAGUCCUGGAAAAAGGCGAUCUACAAGGUGAUCUCGAGGCUGGACGACCCGGUGCCGGAGUACUUCAAGAGUCCGAACUUCCUGGAGCAGCUCGAGUGAGCGUGACCACGUCGUCCUUCGUGGUCCAGCUGAUAGGCCGCCGUCCAGGACGCGUCGGCCGUGGACCACGGGGGCGCGAAAGAACCUCCGCCGCAGGGUGAGUCCUUUCCGCUGCGCUCGCGGCCAGCUCGCGAGGAGACCAAGAGGAGGAGAGGGUGACCGACCAGCGGGAAGUCGAGGAAACGCACCAGGUAUCCCUAGUAACAUAUCGUACCGGUAAAACCAGACCAAAAGAGAGAAGAAGAGAGCGACCUUAGAGGAACCGCCGGGCAUCCCAGCGGAAGGACCGUCUACCGGGAGCCGGGAGGAUGAGCUUCCGGCGAGGUCCUCAACGAACCCGGCCCCCAGGGCGCGAGUAGGAGGAAAGCGACCUGGCCAGGAAGCUGGCCGGGAUCCGCUACCGCUUUCAGCCCGGACGUCGGGAGACGGACCGCCGACCGAGGGACCGCGUCGGUUCGCCGAGACAGUCGGAGAGAAAGAGAGAAAGAGAGAGAAGCACGGGAAGAGACAGAGCCGGAACGGGAGAAGGAACGCGACGGAACGGAACCCGGGACGAGACGAGCAGAAGGUGAGACGGUAGUCGGAGAGCGACCGUGGAACCGGCCCCCAAAGCACCGCGCAACGCUCCCAGUUCUCCGUUCGUUAUACGCCCAGCGAUUCGUUACCGUCUUAAGAUAAUUAAGUUACAGAGGGUAGGUUUGCUUCAACGUAAGUUCCGAGAGGAGGACCGAGAGGGCGGCCGGCGACCCUCCGUCCACCAGGAGUCGCGCCCAGGAGUCGGUCCUCGGAGCGUCCGGAAGUCGCGGUCCGCCAAAACCGGAAGCGACUUCCGGACCGCCGACCUCGAUCGACGCGGAACGGAUCGCGACGCCUUCCGUUCCGCACCGCCCGACCGAGGGGCCUCCAGGGGCACCGCCGCCGUCUCGGUCCCGCUCCUCGACCGGGCGAGCCGAAGUCGGACUUCCCGGCCACCCGGUUCCCGCGGUUCCCAGCGGGUACGUGCGAAAGAGGAAAUCGAGAAGGCAGAGGCAGAGCGACCUAGAGAGAGAGUGAGAGAGAGUGAGAGAGAGUGAGAGAGAGCGAGAAAGCGAGAGAGAAAGAGAGAAAGAAUCCUAGUCGGUUGCGAUCCUCUUUGGGCCGACAGGCCCGGAGGACCCUAGGCACUUUGAACCGCUCUCGGAGGAGUCUCGGUUCCCCGGGACUCCCGGGUGAGAGCGAGACGGAACGCUUGGCAUCGCGUGAACGAGACAGAGAGAUACCGAGUGCAUGGGUCGAGUGCGAGGCGAGAGGAGUUCUUUCGCAGUCUCGCAGUUUCGCUUCCGCGCGGACCACGACUCGAGGAACGCGAGUUCGACACCAAAGUAGGAACCGAAUUCAGCCCGGAUAUUUUUAAUAUAUGCAUACGUGGACACACACAUAUAGGUAUAUAUUAUAUACAUACAUAUAUAUAUACACAUUCGAGUAUCUAUUUUGUUUUUCUUCUUCGCCAAAGGAAGCAGCGCACGCUAUUAAGCCAAAUACGAAAGGGGGUUAUAGUGGAGACGCGAAAUCGGGAGGGGGCGACGGAGUCACCCUCCCGGGUGAUAAGGACGCGUAUCGAAGGCACGACCGGGAGUGUCACCGCAGUGUUAGGGAGGACUCGGAAGGAGACACCUUCCUAUAAGCCGCGUCGGAGGGAGAGGGAAAGAGGGAGGAUCCUUCCUCCGAAGACGCGGCGCGGAAAGGAGGAGCGAGAACGCGAAGGCCGCGAACCGAAGCGCGCCGUUGCGCUAAAGAGGGAGAAGGUGGAGGACGAGAUAACGAGAGGGAGAGAGAUAGAGAGAAAGAGAAAGAGUGGGCCGAGGAACGCAUUACGCAUGUACGAUUAUAUACAUAGCUGGUAAAUAAUUAAGGGGUUAGGCUAGUCGCAGAGACGAGAGUACAUAAAGAAAAAAAAAUAGAGGGAGGGAAAGAGAGGGAGAGAGAGAGAUGACGAGGUACUGGCGGCGUCCUAUGUGAAGAUAAGCAGAUAAGGGGGGUAUUGAGAAAACAAAUAAUGUUGUGGUAACUAGGCGCGGGUACGUAUUAUAUAGAGUAGAUUAUAUAUAAAUAUAUAUAUAUUAUACAUUAAAAAGAAGAGGAUAAAAGACGACGACGAUGCGCGAUAAUAUAAGAGUGGCGAAAUAUUUGAGACAAAAAGUAAACGAGAGCGAGAGAGAGAGAGAGAGAAAGAGCGAAAGGGGGAGAGUCAGAUGGAGAAAGAUUGAGCCAGAGUGCGAAAGAGAGAGAGAGAAAGUGAGAGAGCGAAAGCGAGACGGACAAACGUACGCCCGUGAAAAACACACUUUCCACCCCCUCCCCGCCCCCGCACACUCUCAUUCAUCCACACGAAAUCCGACACACACCCACACACGGAAGGAGGAAAAGACCACACACGGACACGCGCGUUUCGACACCGGAAGUGAAAUGACGUCGGCGACGUGUUCUCCAAGUCCGCGACGAACGCCCUGUAGAUAGAGCACAUCGGACGACUAAGAUAUUCCUAUACAUAUAUUAUAUAUAUAUAUAUAUACAUAAGUACACGCGCAUAUAUAUAAAUUCGUAUAUAUGUAUGUAUACAUACUAUUCGGGUGGUAGUAAAUCCUAGGAGGUUUAUUCCCCGUUUGUUUGCUCGGCGCAAUUCUUCGCCACUCGUUGUCGCUCAUCGCGUAAUACGAUCCAAACGACUAACAAUUGUCGCGCCUACUUUUAAUCAUCGCCGCCGUAAACGCGGCGGAAACGCAACCGCGCGGCGCCCCGAGAACACCUCGGGAUUAGUUAAUAUUAUUUAAUCCAUGGCAAUCACUUAGCUCCAGGCGUAUCUUACCCCCCAGCCCCGCACGAUUCGAUCCCGCCCCCUCCCACGCACUUUUCUUGCGUCCCGCGAACUCGCUGUAUUUUAGUUGUAUUAUUAUAUAAUUACCGCUAUUAGUAUGAUUAUUAUGAUUAUUAUGAUUAUUAUCAUUAUUAUCAUUCCGAUUACGAUCAUUAGGACGAUCGUCGUCAUUAUUACGAGUAUCGGAAACACGUACACACGCACGUACACACGUUUACACACACGCAGAGACACACACACGCGCGUACACUCACACCAAACUUUUUGCAAGCGGUGAGUCUUAACCUAGUCACGAGUCACGUAUUUUUUAAUUGAAUUAUCGAUCGACCUUAUUGAUUAUGAUUUUAUUUAUUAUUCACGCCAAUAAAGGAUGGAGACAGUGA